GCCGCUCCCUGCCGCAGGGCUCGCCCGGACCAUGCCGAUCCUCCUUUUCCUCAUAGACACGUCCGCUUCCAUGAACCAGCGGGCGUAUCUGGGCACCAGCUACUUGGAUAUCGCCAAGGGCGCCGUCGAGCUCUUCAUGAAGCUGCGGGCCAGGGACCCGGCCAGCCGCGGGGACAGGUACAUGCUGGUCACCUUCGACGAGGCACCUUAUUGCAUUAAGGCUGGAUGGAAGGAAAACCAUGCCACUUUCAUGAAUGAACUGAAGAAUCUGCAAGCCUCUGGAUUGACGACACUUGGCCAGGCUCUUCGAUCAUCGUUUGAUCUGUUAAACCUCAACAGGCUAGUGUCUGGAAUAGACAACUAUGGACAGGGGAGGAACCCUUUCUUUUUAGAGCCAUCUAUUUUGAUUACCAUCACAGAUGGAAACAAACUGACCAAUACAGCAGGUGUUCAAGAGGAGCUUCAUCUUCCUUUGAAUUCCCCCCUACCUGGGAGUGAGCUGACCAAAGAGCCAUUUCGAUGGGAUCAAAGGCUGUUUGCCCUUGUGCUGCGCUUGCCUGGAGCUUCUUUGGUGGAACCAGAACAGCUAGGAAGUGUCCCUACAGAUGAAUCUGCCAUCACGCAGAUGUGUGAAGUCACAGGAGGUCGCUCAUACUGUGUUCGGACGCAAAGGAUGCUGAAUCAGUGUUUAGAAUCGCUAGCUCAGAAAGUUCAGAGUGGUGUUGUGAUCAACUUUGAAAAAUCUGGACCAGACCCACCUCCCAUUGGAGAAGAUGGGCUUGUUGAUACCACAAGGCCUGUCAGUUCUUUUGGUUCUCAGCCAUGGCACAGCUGUCAUAAGCUUAUCUACGUGCGGCCUAAUCCUAAAACAGGAGUUCCUGUUGGGCACUGGCCAAUUCCAGAAUCUUUUUGGCCUGAUCAGAAUUCACCAACAUUGCCUCCCCGCACAGCCCAUCCUGUGGUGAGGUUCUCCUGUGUGGAUUGCGAGCCCAUGGUUAUUGAUAAGCUUCCUUUUGACAAGUACGAGCUUGAGCCAUCACCCCUUACACAGUACAUCUUGGAACGAAAAUCGCCUCAUGCGUGCUGGCAGGUAUUCGUCAGCAACAGUGCAAAAUACAGUGAACUUGGCCAUCCAUUUGGAUACUUAAAGGCCAGCACCACUCUAACAUGUGUCAAUCUUUUUGUGAUGCCUUACAACUAUCCUGUUCUCCUUCCUCUGUUAGAUGACUUGUUUAAGGUUCACAAACUUAAGCCAAAUCUGAAGUGGCGUCAGGCUUUGGACAACUACUUAAAAACAAUGCCUCCUUACUUCUUACUGCCAUUAAAGAAAGCCCUAAGGAUGAUGGGAGCUCCAAAUCUGAUAUCAGAUAAUUUAGAUUGUGGACUUAGUUACAGUGUUAUCUCUUACCUUAAAAAACUCAGCCAACAGACAAAAAUAGAAUCGGAACGGAUAAUAGGGUCAGUGGGUAAGAAAGCACCCCAAGAGAUGGGCAUUAAAGUGAAAAAUCACUCCAGUGGCCUCUCCUUGAUUCAAAGCCGGGAUUUCAAACAGCUGCUUCAAGGUAUCUCGGGUGAAUCGCCGCUGAGGCUACCUGAAAUGAAUGUUAAGGAAUUUGCUGGCUUCCAUAUAGGACUCUUAAACAAGGAUCUGAAGCCUCAGGCAUAUCGGAAUGCUUAUGAUAUUCCUCGCUACAAUCUUUUAGACCAGUUGACCAGAAUGAGGACAAACUUGCUGAAAACACACAAACUUAUUCUGGGCCAGGAUGAAGACUGCCUUCACAGUGUUCCUGUGGCCCAGAUGGGGAACUACCAGGAGUACCUGAAGAUGAUGCCUUCUCCACUUCGGGAAAUUGACCCAGACCAACCCAAAAGGCUUCAUACUUUCGGUAACCCUUUCAAGCAGGAUAAGAAGGGAAUGAUGAUCGAUGAAGCAGAUGAAUUUGUAGCUGGGCCUCAGAACAAAAUCAAGCGUCCAGGAGAGCCCAACACUCCCGCUUCUUUGAAAAGGCGGCGCAGCAUGUCCCCACUAUUGAGACGACCCCAGUCACCACCGGUGAUAGCCAAUCAUGUGGGUGGAAAGGGGCCUCCAUUGGCUGCAGGAUCCCCAACCACCCCCAGCCUCAAAGCUGUGCCAGCCUACAAAGAUGCCAACAGUAAUAUGGUCCAAGAUAUCACCGAUGAGAAGAAAGUGGAAAACUUCCAGUUGCUGGACAAGCAGGUGGACGGGCUGCUGACACACCAGGUUCCACCAUCUUCUGUUGCUCUAGUGGAUGAUGAUCUUCCAAAUGAUGUGGAUUCUCUGCCCAAUGAACUCAAUUGCAUCGGAGAGGACGGCUUGGACCAUAGGCCUGUUACCAACUCCCUUGUUCGGGGACCCUUAAACUAUGGCAUGUGUGCAGAGGACCAAAAAUUAACGGCAGAGUCUUCAUCCGAAACUGUGCCAAAUUCAGUGAAAAUCACACCCAGUAUGUUUGAAGGGAACAAUGAAGUUAUCAAAAUCAAAGUAAUGAAGGAAGUUCGCAAGCCUGGAAGAAAUUAUGAAAAAAUCUUCUCUCUCCUUGAAGAAGUACAAGGUCCUGUGGAAAUUCAAAAAUAUUUCAUCGAAUUUGCUAUCAAGGAAGCCGCAAGGUUUAAAAAACGGGUCUUAAUACAGCACUUAGAGAGAAUACUAGAGGAAAUAGAGUUCAGCAACCUGCCCAACAGAGUUAAUCAUGUCAACAGUAGAUAAUAGUGAGUCGGCCAGACGAAUGCACGGACCAGGGAGAACGAGUUUGCUGUGUCGCAGAGGAGUGGAAGAGGACGUGGCAGCCGCUGCCCCUGUCACCUUGGCAGCCAGGUGGUUUUUCUGUUGGAAUCCGAGAAGAAGGGGUGGAGUUUUUACAAUUGAGAGCCUGUCUCAUCAAAACUGGGCUGUGACCCUGAUGGAUUUGCUGCGGAAGGUGUGGCUUCCCCCGUCCUCCCCCUUUGGAGGGCCCAAUCUGCUCAGUGGGCUGAAGAAAAUACCCAGUGCUGCCCUCUCCUGCAGACAUUAUGAAAGCGCACCCGAGGCUCCCCAGGUCCAGACUUCAGUUCUCUUUCAUCUUGUGAGGAGGACGGAGACUCUUCACGUGGACUUGGCUUUGGAAGCGCUUAAAGGAAACUCUGGGGUUUUUUGUGUUUUGGGUUUUUUAAAGAAAAACACAACCCUUUCUCUCCCCCAAAAUCUAUAUAUAUAUGUAUUUUACUUUUUAAAGAUUCAUAUAAAAUUAUUUUGGACAGUGUUCAUCAGAUCCUUAAUUUGAUAUAUCAGAUGGUGUGUGUGUACAUGUACAUAUACAUAUAUAUAUGAGAGAUUUUUUUGAGCACUUGUAUAUAAUAAAAAUCAUUUUAUGAUUUUCUAAAAA